GGUGGGUCUCCUCCUCCUCCAGCCGCUGACGCCAAGGCUGCACCGCUGCCGCUGAUCCCACCCGCCUCCGGACCUCGCUCUCCUGUCUCCCCCAGAGAUGAUGCAGGCUGCUCUGCUGCUCACCCUCAGCUGCCUGCACCUUCACGCCUUCUGGCAGGCCCAGGCUGUUCCCAUCCUGCUCCUGGGCCUGGCUCCAGACACCUUCGAUGACGCCUACGUGGGCUGCGCAGAGGAGAUGGAGGAGAAGGCAGCCCUUUUGCUGAAGGAGGAGAUGGCCCGCCAUGCACUGCUGCGGGAAUCCUGGGAGGCAGCCCAGGAGGCCUGGGAGCAGAAGCAGCGAGGGCUCACACUGCCCCCUGGCUUCAAAUCCCAGCAUGGAAUCGCUGUCAUGGUCUACACCAACUCAUCUAACAACCUGUACUGGGAGCUGAACCAGGCGGUGCAGACAGGCGGUGUCUCCCGGGAGCACUACAUGAGGCACUUCCCCUUCAAGGCCCUGCAUUUCUACCUGACCCGGGCCCUGCAGUUGCUACAGGGGAGCAAGGGCUGCAGCAGGGGACCUGGGCAGGUGGUGUUCCGAGGUGUAGGCACCCUUCGCUUUGAACCCAAGAGGUUGGGGGACUCUAUCCGCUUGGGCCAGUUUGUCUCCAGCUCCCUGGAUGAGGCAGUGGCCCUCAGGUUUGGUAAUGCCACCUUCUUCUCCCUAAGGACUUGUUUUGGGGCCCCCAUCGAGGCCCUGUCUGUUUUCCCCAAGGAGCGCGAGGUGCUGAUCCCUCCCCACGAAGUCUUCUUGGUCACCACGUUCUCCCAAGAUGGAGCCCGGAGCCUAGUGACCCUCUGGAGCCAAAAUAAGACCUGCAGCCACUUUAACUGCGCCUAUCUGGGUGGGGAGAAGAGGCGGGGCUGUAUGUCUGUACCAACAGGGGGGGCAGCCAGACCCACUGUCCAACAGGGCCUUCUUUCUGCUCUCCUGGAAGACCCUACACUUGGCCCCCAUGGGGUUCCAGCUCUCGGGAGCUGGGCCCUUGAAAGUUCAAUGCCUACCACUUAGGAGUCCUGCGAACUGUUGACCUUCAUAUGAAGAAGGGGGCCUUCGAGCAGCCUCCAGAAGCAAGAACAUGGUUUCAGACCCAGCCCUAGAAGCCAUCUCCCCAACCACGAUGUGGGGGAAUCUGAGGCCAUGGAAGGGUGGAGACUCCCUGGGACAAGUAAAGGUAGUGCUGUGACGACCUCUUGAUUAAACAGUGUUGGAGUGUGGUGA